CUCUGUGUAACCGCAUCGCAAUCAAUAAUCUCAUGGUGUGUGUCCUAAUCAACAAAUUCAACACAAGCGUUUUGUAAAGACCGUAUUGAGUUAUCUCGCUAUUUGACCCAGCAAUUACCGAAAACUCCACUACGCCUGUGAAUCGUAUACCGCGUACAGUAUACCGUCGCUGUGUAUGUGUGUAUCGAUUAGUUGUAAUCAACGCACGCAUGGCACGCGAACAGCCAUAUCACUGAUCGGCAGCUUUUACUCGUCCUCCAUCAUCCCGCAUGCAACAUUCAUAACCGUGGUGCGGAUAUAUAUGCAUGCCCCGUGUGUCAUAUAAUUGCACCCCGUAUAUCCGGUCGCUUAUCAAAUAUCAACACCAUGUUUUUUACACCCGAACGCACACCGCUGCAGGAAUUCUUGCAUCCCUCAUCCCGCCUGCAGUACGAUGCGGAGUUCUGGAAGACAGUGGCCAAGGUGGCCGUGGCGGGGGCGGUGCUGUCGGCCGGGACGAUCUGCUGUGUCCGCUACCUGAACAGCCGGUAUCCGGGAUGGUACCGGCUGCGCGGGAAGAAGCGGGGACGACUUCCGCCGCCGCGGGUCGGAGCGCCGCCUUUGAAACAAGGGGAGAAGGGAGAUGCUGCGCAGUAUGUGCCUCUUAGUACGGAGAAGAGUCAUGGAGCGCGUGUUGUCCAGUUGGCGGUGUAUCCCAUCAAGUCCUGCAAGGAGAUCCUGGUGGAGGCGUUUCACUGCGGAGAACUGGGUCCGGAAUUGCGGACGCCAUUUGGGACGGUGCACGAUCGAAGCUGGAUGGUCGUCACCGACAAGUAUCACUUCCUCUCGCAGCGCCGGAAACCCCGGAUGGCCUUGAUUCAGCCGGAGAUUGAUGGCGCAUUCCUGGUGGUGAAUGCCCCAGGGAUGUCGCCACUUCGAGUGCCUAUUCAGCCCGAUCUUUCCACCGCCAAAGUUGUCACGUCCGAUGUUUGGGAUCAUCAAAUUUCGGCGGUUGAUUGCGGUGACGAGGCGGCGGAAUGGUUUGUGACAUUCCUGGAGGAGCCUGGACUCCGUAUGGUGCAUCAUCCGCAUCAGUUCGGCGGACGAGGGAUGCUGGAAAUGGAUCAACAAGUUAUGAAGAUCGAUCGCGAAUUAUGGGAGAAAAAAGACAAGUGCACUUUUGCCGAUGGUGCUCCUUAUUUACUGUUAAGCCAGGAAUCCGUUAGUGAGCUCAGCCGGCACACCGAUACUCCCGUGCCGUGGAUCCAUUUCCGACCAAAUAUUCUUGUCGGAGGAUGCCCGCCCAAUAACGAGGAUUACUGGUGGCGAUUCCGAAUUGGAUCAGCUGAAUUCCGUAACGCCAAACCAUGUUGCAGAUGCGUGGAGACCACGGUUGAUCCAAAAACCGGGACAUUCGCGAGGAAAGAUGUUCUAGAAACAUUGAAGGCCUAUCGCACCAAUCAAGAUCCCGCAGUUGAUGAUGUCCUGAAAUUCGGACCCCUGUUUGCGAUAAACUUAGGCGUUGACCAGACUGGUCCGUGCUCCGUUGGCGAUGUUAUAAUACACCUUCCCGAUUAAAUAACGAUUCCUUUAGUUGUUAGUGGAGAUUUACUUUUAUAUGGACUUUGAUGAAUUUUGUAAAUGUUUUUUGUGUAUUCUGAUGCCUACCAGUGGUACAUACGUAUGUUGUUGUUUUUGAAUUGUGUCUUUGAACUGCGUGUCAGCGAUUUAUUUAAAGCUCACCUCCACCGUUUCCGCACAAUUUAUCAUGACCUUCGUUUUCAGUCUGGUUGUUCCUUAUUAUUUGUGAACCACAGAAUUGUUCAGCGGAAAGCCGCGCAAAUGAAUUUCGUACGUA